CGGGGUUUCAUAUACUUCAGCUGGGGAGCCGGCCAUGGUUACGACCAGGUUGCAACCCUUUCCUUCUUUUCUUCAUCUCUGUGGGGAAGAAUGGAAUUACCUGGACCACGCCCGUUUCAGACAAACACAAGUUACAACCAACCAACAGGGUCGUAAUACUCGAUCCCGGGAAGUGCCUCUGGAAACAAUAUAUCGGUCAAUGCUCCAGCUACGCAAUCAGGUGACAUCAUAUGUUCUAAUUGAUCCCAAAGGGGAAUCUCCCCCAGAUAGUCCUAGGCCAUAAGUUCUAGACCAACCGUCGGGAGAAAAGCAUGUAAGUGGUCGCUUUCAACGAGAACGGAGAAAAUAAAAAAGCACAAAAUGGUAAAAGGAGAAAAUCGUUCGUACUGCGAACCCCAAAACCCUAUUCCAGAUUCUCAGCGUCAAUUUUCUGCCUCUCCUCGUCCCCUUAAACAGGAUUGCCCAAAAACGACCGUGCAUCACCACGAGUAGCAGUGUCGAACAUACUAUCUCAUGAUUCAGUCAUCUAUCCCAAACGAGUGAUCGUGCAAAUCCAGGCGGUAGUCGGCAGAGCGCUGCCCGUGCGCGAACCAUCCUUCCCCCCAAUCAAACGUUCUAUGGCAUCUCGCCGAAAGCUGUCCCAAGGGCUGGGCCUUUUGGACAUGUAUACUUAGCGAAACACUUCUAACACAACCCGUUUAUCUCUCGUGACGAUUCGCCACCAAGUUCUCCGCUCUUACGCGGUCUAAAGAACCUUGAUUGAUUAAAGCUGUUUACCGCUUAACAAUGGUCAC